AUGUCUCAGCACCCGGAGCAGAAAGAUUACGCUGGAGCUCUUCACUGCAGUGGUGAGCUAAAUGCCCCAGAAGACACCGAAUUCCUCAGAAGGGCAUUUGAUCGCCUUCAGAAUGAAAACCAAGACCUGCACAAUAUGAUCAAACAAAUGCAGGAGGAGAAGUUCAGAGACAUGAAGGCGCAAAACAAACACUCUGGAGAAAUUUCCCAAGAGGACCAACAAAUGCAGUUCAGGCCCCAAGAAAUGGAGGCGCUGAAAUACAACCUCCAAGUCAUGGAGGAACGAUAUAACGAGGAGAUAUACAAGUUCCAAAACCUGGAAGCUCAACACAAUGACACACUACGCAAGUUUCAAGACUUGGGAGAAGAACAUGAAGAGGUAAAAUACAAACACCAACAACUGGAAAAAAACUAUGAUCAGGUACUAGGCCAACUCCGACUGCUGGAAGAAGAAGCUGAAGAGUCAGAAAACAAGCUUCUUGAAUGUGAGAAUAAAAAUAACAGUUUGAAAAUAAAACUUGAUCAAACACAGCAGGAAAAAAUAGAAAUACAAGAAGAGAAAGAAGAACAGGAAGCUCAACACAAUGACACACUACGCAAGUUUCAAGACUUGCAAGAAAUUCAUGACCAGACACUGUACCAACUCCAACAAAAGGACACACUUGCUGCAGAGACACAAUACCAGCUUCAAGACGUGACAGCAAGAUAUGAAGAGACACAAGACGAACUAAGAAGCUUGGAGGCCAUGCACAAAGAGACACAACACAAGCUGGAGGAGAAGACCAGAGAGCUGGAGGCCCAAAAUAAACACUUGGGAGAAGAACAUGAAGAGCUAAAAUGCAAACACCAACAAUUGGAAAGAACACACAAGCAGACACAAUACAAACACCAACAACUGGAAAAAAACUAUGAUCAGGUACUAGGCCAACUCCGACUGCUGGAAGAAGAAGCUGAAGAGUCAGAAAACAAGCUUCUUGAAUAUGUCCAUGAGUGA